CCACUUUGAUGUGUCGACAGAAUAUCUACAUCCUUAACCACUUUUCUAACGUAUGAUGCAUGUGCAUGAAGUAUACAUGGACGCCUAUAAAAGAUAAAACCAGAAAGUUAAUCAAGGCACAGUUUCAAAGAAAAAUGGCUUCCAAUCCUGGCAUUCUGACUGAAUGGCCAUGGACACCUCUUGGAAACUUUAAGUACAUGGUGGUGGCUCCCUGGGCGAUACACAGCAUAUACUCGUUCAUUGUUAAUGAGGGAGAAGACAAAGAUCUAUCUUACUUCCUCAUAUUUCCAUUCAUGUUGUUUAGGAUGCUGCACAACCAGUUAUGGAUCUCUCUUUCUCGAUAUAAAACAUCCAAAGGCAGCGGCCGGAUCAUCGACAAGGGUCUAGAGUUCGAACAAGUUGACAGAGAAAGAAACUGGGAUGACCAAAUUAUAUUCAACGGACUAUUGUUCUUCCUAGGCAGCAGGCACGUGACCGGAGGUCGAAACCUACCGAUGUGGAGAGGAGAUGGAUUCGUUAUAACAUUUCUGCUUCAUGCUGGUCCAGUGGAGUUUCUUUACUACUGGUUGCAUAGAGCUCUGCACCACCAUUACCUAUACUCUCGCUACCAUUCUCACCACCAUUCCUCCAUUGUCACUGAGCCAAUUACAUCUGUAAUUCACCCAUUUGGGGAGCACAUAGCAUAUUUCCUCCUUUUCGCAAUACCCUUGUACACAAUGGCGUUGACGGGAACAGGUUCAAUCAUAACCUAUGCAGUUUAUGUUACUUACAUUGACUUAAUGAACAACAUGGGACACUGCAACUUCGAGCUCAUUCCAAAUUGGACCUUCUCUCUUUUUCCUCCACUCAAGUAUUUCAUAUACACCCCAUCGUACCACUCUUUGCAUCACACCCUAUUUCGAACCAAUUAUUGCCUCUUCAUGCCACUUUAUGAUUACAUUUAUGGCACCAUGGAAAAGACUAGUGAUGAACUGUAUGAAUCUUCACUCAAAAGAAAAGAUGAAGCUCCAGAUGUGUUGCAUCUAACCCAUCUUACAACACCCGACUCCAUCUAUCAACUUCCUUUGGGAUUUGCUUCCUUGGCCUCUGAGCCGCACACUUCAACAUGGUACAUGUGGUUGAUGUGGCCUGUUACAUUUUGGUCGAUGAUGCUCACAUGGAUUUAUGGUCGCACAUUUGUGGUUGAGAGGCAGCGGUUUGAUAAACUCAAAUUACAAACUUGGGCGAUCCCAAAAUACAAUUUGCAAUACUUCUUGCCAUGGCAAAAUGAAGCUAUCAACAGUUUGAUUGAGGAAGCUAUACUUAAAGCAGAGGAAAAGGGUGUCAAAGUUGUAAGUUUGGGGCUCUUAAACCAGGGUGAGGAGCUGAAUAGAUAUGGUGGUGUAUAUACUUGGAGAUAUCCUCAGCUGAAAGUAAAGGUAGUGGAUGGAAGUAGCUUAGCUGUGGCUGUAAUCCUCAACAACAUACCAAAAGAGACAACCCAAGUUGUUCUUACAGGCAACCUUACAAAGGUUGCUUAUGCAAUUGCUUUUACUUUGAGCCAGAGGGGCAUUGAGGUAGCUACAUUAUACAAGGAUGAGUAUUUGAAGCUCACCAAAUCAUUAAGUGCUACUAAAAGUGAGGUGGUUCUUGCAAAAGGCUCUGGUUCAAAGAUUUGGUUAGUGGGAGAUGGAUUGAGUAAAGAAGACCAACUAAAUGCACCAAAAGGAACAAUGUUUGUUCCCUUCUCCCAAUUCCCCCUAAAAAAGUUGCGCAGAGACUGCUUCUACCACUGCACUCCAGCAAUGAAGAUCCCCCGGUCUCUUGAGAAUGUUUACUCGUGUGAGAACUGGUUGCCAAGAAGGGUGAUGAGCGCAUGGCGCAUAGCUGGAAUAGUGCAUGCCUUGGAAGGUUGGAAUGAACAUGAGUGUGGUUACGCCAUGUCCGACAUCGACAAGGUUUGGGAAGCUACGCUUCGACAUGGCUUUCAACCUCUGAUCCCCAAUGCUACUCCGAACAAAUAUUAAGUUGUGACCUCUUCAACAAUGCAUUACCUAUAUGCAAUCUCAUAUUUAAUUUGUUGCAAAUUAAUGAGCCAUCAUUUAUUGAAUGAGUACUUAAAACAUUACCUUUAGAAAUACAGGCCCGUGGUAACUAUACUAGGGUUUGUUGUUCAAGGAUGAAGCUUUAAGAAAUUCUUUCUGGAACUCA